AUGUCCGAAUUACCGUUGCAAAUUCUUCAGGCUGUGGACAAACACGGCUCCAUAGCAAACACCUUGGAGUCGGAGGAGUUCAAAAAUGUCGACUCGGGGUCUCUACACUCGUCGUUAGCGUCGCUUUGGGCGAAGGAAAUGAUCACUUUCGACAAGAUCGAAAAGGAUAUCUGGAUAUUGACCAAAGAGGCCGAAGAGUUUCUCGUUUCUGGCUCCCAUGAGAUCAGAUUGCUAGAUGAGGUUUUAAAAUCUUUGGACGGUUUGAAGAUAAGCGAUGUUAAUGCCAAACUAGGGGCAGUUGGCAAGCUAGGUCAAGGUAAAGCGUUCAAAAACGGAUGGGUGGCCAAGGAUGGUGACAAAUUGGUGCCUAAAGUGGACAAGCUUCCAGAAGAUGCGGUGGUGGACAACUUGAAGGUGAUCAAGUCCAUUGGUACUCUUGACGACAAGAAGGAAUUGACUGAGCUCAAAAAGAGAAAAUUAGUCACCAUGACCAAACAGAUCGGUUACAAAGUGCAAAAGGGACCCAAAUUCGCUUUGACCAUCACAUCGCUCGAAACUGACAUCACCAGCGACAUGAUCACUACCGGAUCGUGGAAGGACGCAGAGUUCAAGCCAUACAACUUCAACUCCGAAGGUGUGUACCCUGACUCCGGUGCUUUGCACCCCUUGAUGAAGGUCAGAGAGGAAUUUAGACAGAUCUUUUUUUCCAUGGGCUUCACAGAGAUGCCUUCGAACCAGUACGUUGAAUCUGGGUUCUGGAAUUUUGACACAUUGUUCGUUCCUCAACAACAUCCUGCCAGAGACUUGCAGGAUACAUUCUACUUGAAGGAUCCUAAGUUCGCUAAGAAGCCAGAUGACUUGGAAUACUUGGAAAGAAUCAAGCAGGUGCACCAGGAAGGCUCUUUCGGUUCCAUCGGGUACCGUUAUCCAUGGAAAGAAGAGGAGUCCCUUAGAAUGGUAUUGAGAACCCACACCACGGCAAUUUCGUCUGCAAUGUUGAAGAAGUUAGCAGAAGAUCCUAAGCCCACGAGGUUGUUCUCCAUCGACAGAGUGUUCCGUAACGAGGCAGUAGACGCAACCCACUUGGCCGAGUUCCACCAGGUUGAAGGUGUUCUUGCCGGCUAUGACAUUACGCUAGGAGACUUGAUCGGCUUCAUGGAGGAUUUUUUCAGUAAAAUGGGCGUGGACGGCUUGAGAUUCAAGGCGGCGUACAAUCCAUACACCGAACCCUCGAUGGAAAUCUUUGCCUUCCACAAGGGUUUGGGCAAAUGGGUUGAGAUCGGUAACUCCGGUAUGUUCAGACCUGAGAUGUUGGAGCCCAUGGGGUUGCCCAAGAACUUGAGAGUGCUUGGCUGGGGUCUAUCGUUGGAGAGACCCACGAUGAUCAAGUACGGUGUUUCUAACAUCAGAGAGUUGGUGGGUCACAAGGUGUCGUUAGACUUUAUAGAAACAAACCCGGCUGCCAGAUUGGACGAAGACUUGGUGGGUUGA